CCUCACUGCUGUAUCAUAUUUGCAACCAAUACAUAUUUGUUUACAGUAUAUUUUUUGGAACAGAUACAUUUAGAAAACAGCUGUAAAUCUGUGACAAAUUUGUGAAGGAGCUCGAGAGUUAGUGGUCAUGUAAGCCUCGAUGCCGUUUCGCAGCGGAACUUAUUUGUGCAAGAAUUAUUGCGUUAGGAUCUGAACUGAAGUGUUUUUGGAGAAGACAUGUUAGAGUCCCUCGCUGCAUCCAUUUUGAAUGGGGUACUUGGAAAAUACAUUAAAGAUUUGGACAGCUCGAAUCUCGAACUAGGAAUUUUGAGUGGAAAUGUUGUCCUAACAGAUCUUGAACUGCGAGAUGAUGCAUUGGAUGCUUUUCAUCUUCCAAUAGAGGUGACACAUGGCUAUGUUGGGAAAAUCUCUCUGACAAUUCCAUGGACCAAUCUGUAUUCUGAACCCUUUGACAUAGCAGUGCAUGAUGUGUAUCUGAUAGCAAGACCCAUACGAGAGAGAACAUACGACCCUGUGAAGGCUAAGGCAUCAGAAAUUGCUGCCAAAAGAGAACGCCUCACCCAGAUUGAACAGCGAAUUGAGGACACAGACAUCAACAAAGAAAAGCCAAAAGAUACUGAAGAGGGCUCUGAUUCCUUUGUGGACAAAUUGUUAGCUCAAGUUUUGAAGAAUCUAAAGAUCUCUGUGAAGAAUAUCCACUUUCGCUAUGAGGAUAAGGUUACAUCUCCAAAUAAACCAUUUACUUUGGGCUUUACUCUGCAAAAUCUCUCAGCUGAGACAACCAAUGAACUAUGGCAGGAGUGUGUAGUAGAUGCAUCAGCCAAAACUAUUUACAAGAUAGUGAGUCUUGAUUGCUUGUCUGUGUACUGGAACACAAAUCAGACUUCAAUGCAGUUCUUUUCAAUGCAAGACUCUUGGAAGGAGCUAAUGAGCCAUGGUGUAUCAAGUAAAAGAAGUGUUCCAUCCAAUUAUGAAUUCAUUUUGAAGCCUUUGUCAGCCGAAUGUCAUGUUGUGAUGGACCAGUCAUCAGAAAUAGUACUUGAUACACCCAAGCUUUUGAUUGAGGUUUUACAGCAGGAGUUAUCACUGGUAUUUACCCAGACCCAGUUUCAGAAUGUGAUGGAUUUGAUUGAAUCAUUCGAGUCAAUGACCAUAAACCAAAUGUACCUAAAAUAUCAGCCAACAUCACCAGUAAAGGAGGAUCCAGCUGCAUGGUGGAAAUAUGCAUACACAGCUAUAUGUGAGGAGAAAUUUCGAACUUGGUCAUGGAAUCACAUAAAGGAGCACAGGAGAAAGUAUCAUUUGUAUAAGCACCUUUGGGAAAGAAAGUUAAAAGGUUUGAGUGAAGGUGAAGAGUCUUCCUUAGGAAAUAGCAUUCAGUCCCUGGAAGAUAAACUUGAUAUUCCAAGUAUUUUGAUUGCAAGGAGACAUGCAGAAAUAGAAGUUCCUCCAAGUCAAAGGUUUAAUCCAAACAAAAAACGUAAAUCGAAGCCGUGGUGGUUGUGGUUGGGUAUUGGGUCUGAAAGCUCUACUGAUUAUGAAGGAGUCACGAAUCAAAGGAAACAGGAGGAGGAUAUUUGGUCAAAAUUCUCAGUUGCAGCUCUUCCUGUCGAGGAAAAAGAAAAAUUGUAUAAAGCAAUUGAUUAUAGUGAAAGUGUGCGGGUGAAAUAUCCAACUGAGUUCAUUAAAUCAAGGGUUACCUUCAACCUGGACAAAUGUACCUUUGAACUCUUGGACACAACAAAUUGUAAGAUAGCUCAAUUGGAUACUGAGGGAUUUGAUGUAACUUUAGAACACAGACCGGCUCAGGGAGCCUUUCGGUUUCAUGGAAAGAUUAACAGAUUUAAGAUGCUUGGAUGUUCAGAAGGGGCUACGGAAAACGAGCUUAUUCUUGUUUCAUCAAAGAGCACCCUUAACAGGCAGGAAACAGCUCUGGUGCAAUGUACAUUGGAAACUAAGCCUCUUGAAGUGAAAGCGGACUAUGCGGCAUCCUUAAAGGUGGAGCCUGUUGAGGCUAUUUAUGAUGCGCACACCAUUGAUAAAAUAAUCGCGUUCUUGUACAUGCCAGAGAACUCAAAGUUGCAAGAGCUUGGGAAGGCAGCAGCUAAUAAGCUUCAGAACCUGAGACGGUGGACACGGGCGGGUUUGGAGUAUGCGAUCACUCAUCACGAGGUUACAUACCUUGAUUUGGAUGUGAGGUCGCCAUUCGUGGUGAUUCCUGAAUAUGGAACUCUGGAAAGGGAUGGGAGUGUUCUUGCUGUUGACCUAGGACAUUUGAAGGUUGUCAGUAACUUGGCAUCUCGGGACACAAGUGUCCGAGCAGCUACUGAACAUGAAUUAGAGGAAAUGUUCUAUGACAAGUUUGAGGUGACCUUGGACGAUGUUCAAGUUAUGAUGUUUAACAAGGAUGUGAAGUGGCAGUCAAUGCAAAGUGUCUCAAGUUCACCCCAUCACAUUUUACCCUCGACUGCUCUUGGAAUUAAGUUACAGAACAGCAUAACGACGGAUAAUCUUCAACUGCCAGAGUUUAAAGUAUCAUCGGUCCUUCCAUCUUUGCAUUUGAAGUUUUCAGAUGAAAAAUACAAGAUGCUGAUGAAGUUCCUGAAUCACUUACCGUUUGGAGUGCAGCAGCCUGUGUUACUAGAGGAGAAGCGUUCUGAUGCCAUAUCCAAGACUGAAUGGAGACACAGCUCCUCAACUCUUUCUUUAGAGGAAGCGAACGAUCUCGAAGCUUUGUUUAAAGACGCCAUGGCUACCCGCUUUAAUAGCAAUGAAGAUGAAGAUGUUCAGUGGUACGAUGCACAAGAGUAUCUUCCACACGAAAGGCCUGAAGAUGACCAAACUUUGCUCGUUGAAGCGCAUGAAGUCGACAAGAUCAAAUUAGCGGGAGAUUUUACUAUUGAGAAGCUCCUUAUCACUGUUGACAAGGUAGAUGAACAAGAAGCUGCUGGUAAUCCAUAUUUGUCUCUGGAAAUAAGAGAUGUUGGCACAGAUUUGGUUGCUCAUUCGUGGGACCUUCAUGCCAAAAUAAAAAUUGGAUUUAUACAGCUCACUGAUAACAACUGGAAAGACGUUGAUGGCAGCAACCUUUGCGUGUUGACUUCGUCCGCCACAGAUGACUGGAUUACCGUCAAUUACGUCAAGGCCGAUACGGCAGGCCCAGAGUUCAAAGAAAAGUUUCAGUCAAUUGAGCAGUUGAUUGAAAUGAGGUUCAGCUCAUUAAAACUGACAGCCAAACAAGAAGCUAUUGCAAGUUUUCAGAUAUUUGUCAUGAGUCUUUUUCAAAGUGAACCUGAGUGGACAACAAUUCCUCAACGGUUUCUGGAGACAAUCAGGGAAGAAGAUGACCCUGAUGGCUCGGUUGGCAAAGAGCUUGUGAAAGGUGAAGAUGAAGGAAAGAAGGCUCAGAGUGAUAUUGAUGUCGUGCACUUCAAAAUUGUUGCACAAAUAGAGGAAGUAACUGUCAUCCUCAGCUCAAUGGAUCGCCAUGUUGGAAAGGUGCAUGUCACAGGUCUUGAUGUCAGCAUAGAUGUGGUUCCCGCUGAGGUGGACAUUACAACUAAGUUGAAUGACUUGGAUAUUGAAGACCUCACAGAUGGAACGUUGUAUCCUCAAAUUUUAGACUUGGCAGAUAACACAGUUUUCGAAUGCAAGGUUAGUUGA